AUGGAUGGCUGCCCUUUUCACCAUGAGAGCCAGACCCGAGCUGGAGUGGGCAUAGUCUGGGUCAAUUACAUCGUUCAUGCACCAGACAGUUACCAACUUGGUGCAAAGACUAGCCAGUACGCGGAAAUUGCCGCAGCACUCGUGUUGCAGCAAGCCACUAGGUCGGCUAUUGUGCAGUUGGUAGUCUGCUCCAACUCUAAAUACACCUGCCACAGCUUCGUCUCACACUUCCCCACGUGGAAAGAAAAUGGCAUGAAGAAUGCCAGAGGUACAGAGAUCAAACACUCUGAACUCUUCCUGGCUUGUGACCAACUCGUGACUGACAGAGGGAUGACUGUGUAUUGGAAAAAGGUCAAAGGUCAUUCACAAACUCUUGAGACAAAGAGAGCAAUGAUGAAGCUGAUCGCUUAG